UGGGGGCGCGGUGCACCCGCCGGGCCUCCUCUGUGCCCUCGUGAGGCGCGAGUUAUGGAGACGCCCAGCUGCAUUCAGGAUGAGCCUUUCCCGCACCCCUUGGAGCCCGAGGCGGGCGCGCCAGCGCAACCGGGCCCGGGGAAGCAGGGAGAGAAGCAGUUCCGGCUGUGGUACGUGGGAGGGUCGUGUCUGGACCACAGGACCACGCUGCCCAUGCUGCCUUGGCUCAUGGCUGAGAUCCGCCGGCGCAGCCAGAAGCCUGAGGCGGGCGGCUGCGGGGCGCCUGCGGCGCGCGAAGUGCUACUGGUGCUCGGCGCGCCCUUUCUGCGCUGCGUCCCCGCGCCCGGGGCCGGUGCGGCUGGAGGCGCGGGCCCCACCACUAUGCAGCCUAACCCUGCAGUGUUUAUCUUCGAGCAUAAGGCGCAGCACAUCGCACGCUUCAUCCACAACAGCCACGACCUCACCUAUUUUGCCUACCUGAUCAAGGCGCAACCCGACGACCCCGAGUCGCAGAUGGCUUGCCAUGUUUUCCGUGCCACAGACCCUAAUCAGGUCCCUGAUGUUAUCAGCAGUAUAAGGCAAUUAUCCAAAGCCGCCAUGAAGGAGGAUGCCAAACCCAGCAAGGACAAUGAAGAUGCCUUUUACAACUCUCAGAAGUUUGAGGUCCUGUACUGUGGGAAGGUGAUUGUGACCCACAAGAAGGCACCAUCCAGUCUCAUUGAUGACUGCAUCGAAAAGUUCAGCCUGCAUGAGCAGCAGCGCCUGAGGCUACAGGCUGACCCCAGCCAGGACCUGGUAGCUCCAGAGGCCGAAGUGCCCCGGGUCCCCAGAGACACCCUGCAAGAGGAAGCUGAAGAUGACAUGGACACCCACCCUGGACUGCCCGCUGCACCCAGUCAGCCUACACAGCCCAGCUCUCGGCUUUGCUUCCCUGAGCGGAUUUUGGAAGAUUCUGGCUUCGACGAACAGCAGGAGUUUCGGUCUCGAUGCAGUAGUGUUACCGGAGUCCUGCAAAAGAAAGUUCAUGAGAGCAGCCAAAUAGCACAGCCGCGCAGGAGGCAUGCAAGUGCGCCCAGCCAUGUGCAGCCCUCGGAUUCCCAGAAAAACAGAACGAUGCUGUUCCAGGUUGGACGAUUUGAGAUUAACCUUAUCAGUCCAGACACUAAAUCAGUUGUUCUAGAAAAGAAUUUUAAAGACAUCUCUUCUUGUUCUCAGGGUAUAAAGCACGUUGAUCACUUUGGCUUUAUCUGUCGGGAGUCUGUGGAACCGGGGCUGAGCCAGUAUAUCUGCUAUGUGUUCCAGUGUGCCAGUGAAUCUCUGGUCGAUGAGGUCAUGCUGACUCUGAAACAGGCUUUCAGUACUGCUGCUGCCCUGCAGAGCGCCAAGACUCAGAUUAAACUGUGUGAGGCCUGUCCAAUGCACUCUCUGCACAAGCUCUGUGAGAGGAUCGAAGGUCUGUAUCCUCCAAGAGCCAAGCUGGUGAUCCAGAGGCACCUGUCAUCGCUGUUGGACAAUGAGCAAGCUGACAUCUUUGAACGAGUUCAGAAAAUGAAGCCGGUCAGUGACCAAGAAGAAAAUGAACUUGUGAUUUUACACUUGAGGCAGCUGUGUGAAGCCAAGCAGAAAACACACACGCACAUUGGAGAAGGCCCAUCGACUUUUUCAAACAGCACAGUCCCAGAAAAUGCAACAAGCAGUGGAAGAUUUAAACUUGACAUCUUGAAAAACAAAGCUAAAAGGUCCCUAACUAGCUCCCUGGAAAAUAUCUUCUCAAGGGGAGCUAACCGGAUGAGAGGUCGUCUGGGCAGUGUGGACGGCUUUGAAAGGACCAACAGUCUGGCCUCAGAAAAGGACUACUCGCCAGGGGACUCUCCUCCAGGGACUCCGCCAGCCUCCCCCUUGUCGUCAGCGUGGCACUCGUUCCCAGAGGAGGACUCAGACUCCCCGCAGUUCCGGAGAAGGGCGCACACCUUCAGCCACCCACCCUCAAGUACAAAGAGAAAACUCAACUUGCAGGACGGGAGGGCGCCUGGCGUGCGCUCCCCACUGCUCAGACAGGGCUCCAGCGAGCAGUGCAGCAUUCUUCCGUCAGUUCGACGCAUGCACAAGGAGAGUAAUUCUUCCUCCAGUCUUCCAAGUCUUCACACUUCCUUCUCUGCCCCUUCCUUCACUGCCCCCUCUUUCCUGAAAAGCUUUUACCAGAACUCAGGUAGACUGUCCCCACAGUAUGAAAAUGAAAUCAGACAGGACACUGCUUCAGAAUCAAGUGAUGGAGAAGGGAGAAAAAGGACUUCGUCUACUUGCAGCAAUGAGUCCCUAAAUGCUGGAGGAACGCCUGUCACUCCUCGCCGGAUCUCGUGGCGGCAGCGCAUCUUCCUGCGCGUUGCUUCGCCCAUACACAGAUCUCCCUCAGCAAUGCAACAGCAAGAUGGGCUGGACAGGAACGAGCUGCUGCCACUGUCCCCUCUCACUCCCACCAUGGAGGAGGACCCGCUGGUAAUUUUCCUGUCUGGCGAGGAGGACCCAGAGAAGGGUGAAGAGAAAAAGAAGUCCAAAGAGUUUAAGAGCUUGUGGAAAAAGGCUAUACACCAACAAAUCUUGCUGCUGCGGAUGGAAAAAGAAAACCAGAAACUGGAAGGUGCCAGAAGAGAUGAGCUUCAGUCCAGAAAAGUUAAAUUGGACUAUGAAGAAGUUGGUUGUUGUCAGAAGGACCUCUUAAUAGCCUGGGAUAAGAAGUUGUUAAACUGCAGAACGAAACUCAGAAGUGACAUGGAGGACAUUCACACUUCACUCAAAGAAGGCGUCCCCAAGAGUCGACGAGGAGAGAUUUGGCAGUUCUUAGCUUUACAGUACCGUUUAAGACAUAGAUUGCCCAAUAAGCAGCAGCCCCCAGACACAUCCUAUAAGGAACUUUUAAAGCAGCUCACUGCUCAACAACACGCCAUUCUUGUGGAUUUAGGAAGGACAUUUCCGACUCAUCCUUACUUUUCCGUGCAGCUUGGGUCUGGGCAGCUGUCCCUCUUUAACCUCCUCAAAGCCUAUUCUUUGCUGGACAAGGAAGUGGGCUACUGUCAGGGCAUCAGCUUCGUGGCUGGAGUCCUGCUUCUGCACAUGAGUGAGGAGCAAGCCUUCGAGAUGCUCAAGUUCCUCAUGUACGACCUUGGCUUUCGCAAGCAGUAUAGACCCGACAUGAUGUCGCUGCAGAUUGAAAUGUACCAGCUCUCCAGGCUCCUUCAUGACUAUCACAGAGAUCUCUACAAUCAUUUGGAGGAGAAUGAGAUCAGCCCCAGCCUUUAUGCUGCCCCCUGGUUCCUCACACUGUUCGCCUCUCAGUUUCCUCUAGGAUUUGUAGCCAGAGUUUUCGAUAUAAUUUUUCUUCAGGGAACUGAAGUUAUAUUUAAAGUGGCGCUCAGCCUGCUGAGUAGCCAGGAAGCACUUAUAAUGGAAUGUGAAAGCUUUGAGAAUAUUGUGGAAUUCCUUAAAACCACACUUCCAGAUAUGAAUACCUCUGAAAUGGAAAAGAUCAUUACCCAGGUGUUUGAGAUGGAUAUUUCUAAACAGUUACAUGCCUAUGAGGUGGAAUAUCACGUGCUACAGGAUGAACUGCAAGAGUCUUCCUAUGCCUGCGAGGACAGCGAACCUCUGGAGAAGCUAGAGAAGGCCAAUAGCCAACUGAAAAGACAAAACAUGGACCUCCUAGAGAAACUACAGGUGGCUCAUGCGAAAAUCCAGGCCUUGGAAUCCAACCUGGAAAAUCUUUUGAACCGAGAGACCAAAAUGAAGACAUUAAUCCGGACUCUGGAGCAGGAGAAGAUGGCUUAUCAAAAGACAGUGGAGCAUAUCCGAAAACUUGUGCCAGCAGAUGCUCUAGCUAACUGCGAAGCACUGCUUAGAGACCUCAACUGCAGCCCCAACAGCAAAGCCAAGUCAGGAAACAAGCCAUAACUGCAGAUACCCAGCAGCAAGUGCUCCUUAGCUUGCUACGGAGAGGAAGAGCCUGUGUGAUGCCAGCCCACAUUGAGGGACCCACCUCCUGCUGGUCCUAAGUCAGCAGGUGCAUCUUGCUCUCCUUGGAGCUUGCCACCCCUAAGCCAUCAUAGAUUUGUAAACUGGGGUUUUCUCUUGUUGAUGACUGUACACACACAUACACACGCACAUAUAUGUAAAAUGGAAAAAAAGAGUUCAUGCUUUCAGGUCAAAUGAGUAAUGUGUAUCUAGUAUAGUUUUUGUGUCAGAACCUCAUGAAAUCCACACCAAAGGAAGUUGAAGUGUGAAAUCUCUCUUGGACCUAUGUGCACUCUUUUUGUCUUUGUAAUGAAACAAAGCUUGAUUAUCUUUGUAUAUUGAAAUAUACUUGAAAAAAUGAAUGUAUUUUUUUGCCUCCAAAGAAAAGCAUGUUUCCCUCAAUGAUGGAAAGGUAGAAACAUUUAUGUGACUUUCUGUGCAUCUGUCUUAAAAUUGGCUGACAUUGUCUAUUGGAGGAGAAUGACUGAUUGCUAAUCAGGCUCCGGUGGAUUUUAGGGGAGGGUGGGCGAUCUUUCUGCCCCACCUGCUUUGUGCCAACUAGCAUGUCACUUCUACAAGCAGUGGGAGUCCUGUUAGACCUUACUUUUGAGCUUUGUAAGAAGGUAGAACAUUGUACCUGAGCCUACCCAGGACAAAAAAAAAGGAGAUUGUUGUUAACUUUCUGGAAAAUCAGUCUAGCAUUAGUAACUCAAACUAGAAGUAUCAGGCCUCAAAAAUAGAAGUGAGUGCUUACCUUGUCAGCAUUAGCUGUCUAUAUUUUAUCUAAAAUGACUCCUGUAGUCACGCACUGACUUCCAUCAGUUCCACAGUCACACGGUGACAGGGAUUUGUCAUUCCCCAUUAAAUUGUGAGUGCUUUUACUUUCAUUUUCUCUACCUUAAAUUUAGAAGAAAAGCAGUCACAGUUGCUCUUCCAAAGUUGAUAUGUGCUCGUUUAGGAACAAGCUGUUGAAAUUGGUGGGAAGGAGAAAGGCUUAUGGUACCAGUCCAACAAAUGCUACAAUCCCGCGUUGGGAUUCCCAGGGUCUUCAACCCUCCAAUGGCUUUUUAGAGGCCAUUCAUCCGAGGUGAAUGUUUGGAAUCCACCUGAUUUUCAAAGCACACAUGUAGCAUACAGCUUUCCAUCUCAGAGGCGACUCUGUGAUAGUGCCUCUGAAAGUUAGUGUGUCAGUUUUGCUUUCCCAAGCAGUUUCUAUUCUCUGUGCUUUUCACAUUACUUACUUUUUCGCAAAGGGAUGACUUGGGAUAAUUUUUUUUCAAAGGCAGUUCAUUCUGUAGAAGCUGAAUUGUAUGAAGAAGUAGAAGAAUAAAGCUGCCGAGGAGUCAGAGAAUCCUAAUGAGCAGGUGACAUGCUCUGUCUGCACUGACCCAGCUGGAAUGCAAAGGGCUCUCACCACAGAGCAGCAUGCUCUUGCAUCCAAGCAGUGUCUUACAGGAUAGUGAGGUCUUAUCAGUAGAGUUAAUAUUGUUAAUUUCUAGGAAAUGCUGAUUCUAGGCACCCCAAUCAGUUGGGGGCCAUCAACUGAUUUGUUGCUUGGAAGAGUUUUUUCCUGGGAGGAAUAUGAAUAUCUUCUUAAUGACAGGUGAUGAAAACUGCCUGAUGGGAGUUAUACACAGAUAACAGUCAAGGAGUUGUCCAGUUGUGGGAAGAAACUUCUUUCUCUUGUUUAGUUCUAAGUGAUCUUUAUUCUGGAUGUUUAGAGUCAAAAUUAUUGGUUACAUUGUUCAAAGAUUAAGGUAACAUGGAUACGAUAUUUCUUUUAAAAACACAUUUUCUUUUUCCUUGGUGAUUUUGUAGACGUUGUAUCAGUUGUACUUCAUGUGUUGUUACAUCUUCAUCAGGAUGUCAAGUCUAGGUCAUUUCCAAUAAAUUUUGCUGCAGUU